AUGUUGAUGUUACUACCCAUGCCAUGGCUGCUCAGGGUGAAAACAUCAUGGACGCGCCGCCUCCAGCUCGUCGGACUGUUUGCAAUUGGAUUACUACUCAUCGCAAUAGCUAUCGUCCGCCUUCCAUCAUUCGAUGAUAAUACCUCCCAGCUGAACCGAAACACCUGGGGCUCCGUGGAGGAAUUCCUCGCUGCAUUCGUCGCCAAUGUGCCUACCUUAUAUACCCUGCGACGAAGAGCCGACAAGAGCUACCCCACAUAUUACAGCCACGGUGCGUCUGAGGGCCGUAUGGGUGGCUCACGGCAUCCGCCUCAUAAUGAAGGGAUAUUGGUCACCAAUAGUGUUCAGCUCGAGUAUAUGGUUGAUGGUAGACACAAGUCGCAGGGCUCGGACCAUAAUGUUGUAAGACAGGAUAGUAACGAGCAGCUGGUGGGGGAUGAGCGAUGGCGUUGA